GAUCGGUUGGAUAGCAAAUCUCCUCGAUUCCGCUCCCGCCCAUCCCAAAUCCCUUCCUCUUCCUCCGGAUUGAAUCGGCUGCUUCUCGAUUCCUCGGUUCAUCGCCAUGCCGCCGGGCCCGAGGAAGAGAAGAGCCGCCAAGCGCAAGAAGGAAAUGGAGGAACGGAUGAAGACCCCUUCCCCUUCCGAUUCUCCCCGAGAUGCUGGGCAGAGCGAGGAUCGGGUGCCGCACGAGGGCGGAGAGGAGGCGGACAGACAGUCCCCGUCCCCGACAAUUUCCUCCGAAGAGUGGUUUGGAUCUGACGCUGCUGAUAGCGCGGCGGCGGAUAGCUCGAAGAACCCUAAAGGCGAGGACUUGGUCGAGGAGGAUGGGCGGGAGUUGGCUCCCGCAGUAAAGGAAGUAGCUUUUCGGCCGGAUGAUGAAUCAGCCGCUAAAUCGAAUGAAUUAGCUGAAUCUGAGAAGGAAAGCUCGAAACCCGCUGUGGAAUCGACCAUUUCCGUCGACAACGCCAUCGAUCUGACUGAGAGAAGCCAAGCGACGGAGUUUGCUGCUGGGGUUCUUGAAGAGACGUCGGGUGACAAUACAGAAAGAGCUGAAGGGGUCUUCAAGUUCAAUCACGACGGCGAUGGCCAUCAAGUUGCCGGAGGAGACGAGACUUCACCGGCGACCGAGGUGAAGCAGGCUGCUGCCGAGGUUCUCGACGGAGAAAAAGAAUCGCAACUCCCCGACGUCGAUGUGGCCGUCAAACACGAAGGCGAUGGCCGUCAAGCUGCUGCAGGAGACGAGGCAUUACCGGCGACGGAGCUCCCGCAUCGCUCUCCGCCGGUGGGUCGCCGCACAAAUCAAUGGUGGAAUUGCUGUGGGUUGCUGGAUUUUUUUCACGAAUCCUGAUGGAUAAUUUCAGGUACUUCAGUACCUUUCAAGAACAAUUUUGUUGCUAAUUUCAAUGUGACGCAGCUGCAGUCAUGUUUAUUUUUGGAAAAUAAAACAGUGGAAUAUGUUGAAUUUCAGACGCCAAGUAAACUGAGUGAUGAUUUUGGUUGCUUGUUUAUAAAAGCAGGUAAAUAGCAUGCACAAUUUCGUAGCUCAAGUGUGUCAACUCUUUUUUCUUAAAAACAAAAAUAAAUGUCCUGUUGCUUUAGUGUUAUUCGUCAAUCUGUAGCAAGAUACAGUCUUUGUUAUUA